AUGACCAAGGUAACAUCCGCUCUCAUUUCUCUCCUCGCCGUCUUCGCACGCUUCACCCCCGUGGCCCCCUUCUACAUCCCCUCUUUCCUCAACCACACAAACGGCACAAACACUACCUACCACCAGCCCCGGCCCCCUAUCCCCAGCCCCACCACGGCCCUCGGCAGGCCCGAGACCCCUUGUACCGGUGCCGGCGUCGGAGUCGGCGUUGGCCAAUCCCUCCCCUCCACCAUGCCCGCCUCCCUCGGAACCGACAUCGAGACCGAGACCCAAGGUCCCACGUUCUACCGCGGCAGCGAGGUCUGGCGCGACGAGAUCUGCGGCGUUUCCUCCUUCGUUGGAGUCACCAGCGCCAUCUCGGCCCUGACCUCCGACUGCACCGCCCUCGCCGACGACGCCGCCAAGGAGCGCUACCUGUGGUACGCGAACGGUUUCACCGACAACACCACGCUCCUCGCGAUCCGCAACCACGGCACUUGCAGCAUCGGCAUCCGCCCGCCGCACGCAGACGUCAUGGCAAAUAUCAUCUCUGGGUGGUACGUCGGCGGCAUGGACGUCGCGCAGAUCGUCCGCACCGCCGUCCGGGACUACGACGUUGACGGGCUGAUGGGCGCGACUGGCAUGAUGCACUGCGAGAUCAGCUCGGCGGCCAACGUGGAUGUGCAGUGGGCCAUCUUCGGGCCGGACGAGCAGGCGCAGGCCGGAUGGUGGGUCGCGCUGCCCGUCCCCUCUUCUGCAGGGAGAAGACAGCCUGUUGGCAUGGCCGUGCUGUCGGCCGUUGCCGUUUUCUGGCAACUCUUUUUCUGGCACGUCGUGAGCUGA